AUGGAAUGGACAAUUGAAACUAUAUUAAAUCUAUUGCAUACAACCAAUGAUGGUCGGUGUGUACUAGCUGACGGUAAAAAAAAUAAUGGAUACCUCUCUGAUGAUGCUCAAAACUUAAUUACGCAGUUAUUAAUUAAUCAUCUUUUGCAGGAUCAAAGCAAAGGUACUGAUUUAUUCUUUAGGAAGAUAUCAGAGUUAAUCGUAGAAGUAUUUCCAAAAGAGCAAAAAAGUGUUUAUUUCAUACCUUCAAAAACUGAAGACCAACAUCAAGCUCAUGCAAAGGGAAAACUAAUAGAGCGUUGGAAAAAUGUUGCACGCAAAUUAAGAUUGGCUGGGGCAAUUUCUUGUGAAAGAAAAAAAACAGUUGUUACCCAAGCAACGACCUCCUCACUUCCAAAUUUUUCAGAAGAAGUUAAAUCUGCAACAUACUGGCUUCAGACUGAAGGACUUAAUUUUUCUAAUCUCAAUAUCAUAAAAGCAAAAUGGCUAAUAACAUAUGAAGUUAGAAAAUAUGAUAUUUUUGAAUCGAAUGAGCAGUCAAUAUCAGAUAUUUUCUUGAAAUGGCCAAUAUUCCAGAGUCCUAAGGACUGGUAUGUUCUUGAAGACUUCAAAAUUGGAAACCUAAUAACUCAUAAAAUUACUGAUGAUAGGAACACUUACAUGAAUUCAUAUAAAUAUGCACUAACACUAUUAACAGAGUUAGAUUCUACAUACUUAAAUGGAGAUUUAAGAUCCUCCAUUGUAAUUAGUUUAUUACUAGUGCCAUAUCUUAUCCCUACAAAAACGCAAAUUAAAAAUAAUAAUGUUAGUGUAAAAACCAAGUUUUGGAAGCCAUUAUUGGUAGAAUCGGCUUCAGCAUUUGCCAUACAUGUACAGAAUAUGAUAAAGUUUCAUGAAGACUUCUGCCAAAGAGAAAUAAAAUACUUGCAUCACGGAGCUACAAUUCAACCAUAUAUAGCAUUUGUUGGGGAAGAUAUACAGUCAAUAUCAUCUUGCUAUGUUCGAGUGAAUCAGAGGUGGUGCUUCGAGGAUCCUUUAAUUGCACUAGAGGUGUGCUUUAAAACAUUUUUCGUAUUCAACUGUAACUAUCCAAAAGAGUGUUAUGAUUCAUGGUUAAUUGUUCAACAAUUAUUAUUUCAACUACAUACACCACACGACAAGUCAACAUCAAUAACAAAAUCGGUAUCAGGACAGUUUUAA